AUGUUUUCUCCAGCCACCGACAUCCCAGAUCUAUCUGGAAAGGUGUACAUCGUGACCGGUGGAAACAGCGGAAUAGGAAAAUAUACUGUGUUACAUCUCGCACAGCAAAAUGCCAAGGUCUAUAUGGGUGCGAGAUCCCUUCAGAAGGCUAAAGCGGCGAUUGAGGAAAUCAAGACCAAAACACAAAGACCAGAUCUAGACAUAUCUAUUCUGAAGAUGGAUAUGCUAGAAUUGAGGUCUAUCAAAAGUGCGGCAGGGGAGUUCCUAAGCAAGGAGAAUCGGUUGCACGGCAUGGUAAACAACGCAGGAAUCAUGGCAGUUGCAAAUGGAAUUUCCAAGGACGGGUUCGAAUAUCAGUGGCAAACAAAUUAUCUUUCACACUGGCUGCUCACCUUUCUCUUGACUCCUGUCAUGGAACUGACUGCCACCACAGUGCCAGUUGGCACAGUCCGUAUUGUCAAUGUCUCUUCGUCAAAUCACAAGAUGGCGCCACCCCAAGGCAUUGAUUUCGAAAACAUUAAUCUCCAAGGGCCUGGCCCCAGCAGCAACCCUUGGGUAAGGUACGGCCAAAGCAAACUCGGAAACUACCUUCACGCUCUCUCACUUCAUCAAAAGCUCAGUGAGAAGGGAAUAUGGACGGCGUCUCUACAUCCUGGUAUUGUAGACACGUAA